AUGGUUGCGAUUAUGAAUAAUCUUUCUCUCCCCAUUGCAAUGGUAUUAGCAUUAUCUGUUACCUAUUUGUUGCAUUUCUCUCUAGUACAAGCUGACCAUAUGGGCGGCUUCAGCGUGAAGCUCAUUCACCGCAACUCUCCGUUGUCUCCUUUCUACAAUCCUUCAGAAACACCUUCGCAAUGCGUGACAAAUGCUUUGCAACGUUCCAUCAACCGUGUCAAUCUCUUCGGAUCAACUAAUUUGUUACCUUCAUUAAACGAUCCUGAAUCUACAAUAGUAUCAGACAAGGGCGAGUACCUCAUGAAAAUAUCAAUUGGCACUCCUCCCGUAGAAAUCUCAGGAGUUGCAGAUACAGCUAGUGAUCUUACAUGGAUUCAAUGCAUGCCUUGCAGCAGCUGUUACAAGCAAAAAUCUCCACUCUUUGAUCCGAAGAAUUCCAAUACUUACAAAGUGGUUUCUUGCCCCUCAAGUCAAUGUCAAUCUGUAAGUGGAACCUCUUGCUCAGAAGAUACCUGUCACUACAAAAGGUUCUAUAGGGAUAGAUCCUACAGCAAUGGAAUUGUAUCAACAGAGACGAUCACUUUCAACUCCACUAGCUUAGGUCAAACAAUUUCACUCCCACAGAUUAUAAUUGGUUGUGGGCACAAUAACAGUGGACUUUUUAAUGAAGAUGGAUCAGGCGUGAUUGGACUUGGACGUGGAUCAAUGUCCCUUAUCUCCCAAAUGGAUUCUUCAAUUGAUGGGAAAUUCUCCUACUGCCUUGUUCCAGCUUUUUCACCACUCAACUCUUCAAGCAAAAUGAGCUUUGGUAAUAAUGCUGUGGUUUCUGGUGCCAUGGUGGUUUCUACCCCAUUACUUUCAGGAGACCUAAAAUCUUUCUAUUUCGUAAAGCUGGAAGCAAUGAGUGUGGGACGCAAGAAAUUGCAAUACAACAGUACACUGAUGCCAAUAGCUCCAGGAAGGGGAAUUAUCAUAGUUGAUUCUGGGACUACACUAACAAUGUUACCAAAGGACUUUUACAAUAGGCUGGAAUUGACAAUGAGUAAGGCCAUAAGAUCAAAACGAGUAAGACACGCUAGUCGCUACUUAAGCCUUUGCUACAAGACCAAAUCGGCUAUCAAAGCUCCCAUAAUUACUGCACAUUUCACCGGUGCGGCUGUUAAGUUGAAAGCUUCGAACACUUUCAUAAGAGUGUCAAUGGAUGUUGUCUGCUUCGCUUUCAGACCCAUCACUCAAGGUAAUGCCAUCUUUGGCAGUAUGGCACAAACGAAUUUCUUGAUAGGCUAUGACCUCAAGAAAGAGUCCAUCUCUUUUAAGCCAACUGAUUGCAGUAAAAAUUAA